GGGCCUGAUAUUUCAGCCGGCGGAGGACGAAAUGGUGAGUUAACAGACAGGCAGAUGAUGGUUUACUUGGUCCCGGUUAGGGAGGGGAGGAGGGGGGGCUGGUGCCGGUUGUUUAGUAGUAAUAGAUUGACCUCUUUUAACUCUUCCUCUGUCCUAGACGUUUUAGAGGGUGUGAAUGGGGUUAACCGACUAGCGAUAAACGGCCAAAAAUAUAACCGACUACCGACAAAACGAGAAAAAAAUUACCGACUACCGACAGGAAAAAUAUUAACCGACAACCGACAUGGUCCGACAUUGUGGGAACGUUUUUAGUCAGGAAAAAAUCGUAUUUUUUAUUUCCCAUUUUUUAUCAAAAGUAUACGUGAAGGUAAAUCACUUUAAAUCCCUAUUUCGUUACUUACAGAAUUUCCUGUCAUCAACUUACUUGUGUAAAAUAGUUAUAAAAUCGCGUAGGUUCGAUUUUCGCUUUUUUCCUGGCCUGUAUAGAGCUCUGCCUAUUUCGUGCCAGCAGCUCAAGCUCAUUUGAGACCAUUCAAAGGGUGCGCCUUUGUUUCUCUUCAUUUUCGCAUUUUCGGAGAAAAUCCAGGAAAGUGCGCGCUCAUUUCCCGGGAGCAGAAUUCAGUGACUAAAAAUAACUUAACAAAAAUCCGACUCAUCUCAAAGAUUAGACUAGGCGUUUCCUCUUCGACCACUUAUUUCUCUUGAUUACUUCGCUGGUCUGUGAACUGGGAAGAACUGGUUAAAGACUGCUCAAAGUGGCGCAAACAAUCGCGCAGCUUAAGCUAACCAGACUUUAGAUAAGGUUCUUUUAAAAUGAAAUGAUUAAUCUACGCGAAAUGAAGAAGUUUUACUCUUGUACAGAGUUUAAAGUGAGUGAAUUAAAUAACGAUUAUUAAUAAAUUAUUAAAUUUUAAUCAUUAACCAAGAUUUACCGACACCCGACAAGGCCGAAAAUUUUAACGGACAACCGAUAUGUGGUCCCCUAUUCAGAUCCUCGUUUUAGUGAUUGUUCACCUUUUCUCUAGUUACUUCAGACCAUAAAUAUGCCUUUACGACACUGGGUGCUAGAGGAGAAACUGGACCGAGUGAUAUAUCUGGAUAUGCAGGAACGUCCCUGGAAGGAAAAGUUACUUUAAACAACGGAAUCCAAAUUUGGACUGUGCCCGUGACUGGAACUUACGUUAUUGAAGCAUCAGGUGGUUCUGGCGGAAAUGGUUCUGCCGAAACACAAUCUAAUCCGAUUCCUUGGACGCUUGGUGGCUUAGGGGCAAAGAUAAUAGGAUCCUUCAAACUUUCACAAGGAACUCAACUGAAAAUCCUAGUCGGACAGGAAGGUGGUACAUCUAUAAGCUUUCCUGACAGACCAGGGGGAGGGGGUGGUGGAACGUUUGUAACCCUGUCUGAUGACACUCCACUUAUAAUUGCCGGUGGGGGAGGGGGAGGAGGAACAGCAAGUAACCAAUUUACCGACGGUGACCCAGGUCAGGCGACAGCGAAUGGGACUCAAUGUGGAGGAGCAGGGGGCAGUGGGGGACAAGUCUGCAAUGCUGACACAGGGAACAGUGAUUCUAAUUUAAGGUCUGGAGCAGGAGCAGGACUAAGAGGGGAUGGGACAAGCAGUAUUGCAAUUGCAACCAAGGCGUUGAGUUUUACCAAAGGGGGAACUGGGGGAACAUGUCCAUCUUCCAAUGGUGGUUUUGGCGGAGGUGGGUUUGCUAUGGUUAUUGGAGGGGGAGGGGGAGGUUAUUCCGGUGGGGGAGUAGUGGGAACUCCAACUAAAGGUACCGCUGGGGGAGGGGGAUCAUAUAAUGUCGGUACAGAUCAGCAGAACAUGGCGGGUGUUAAUAAAGGUGAUGGUAAAGUUAUAAUAACUUUGAGGCGUUAAUGUUAUUUACGUUCCUCAUCAGAGUUCUAACCCAAAGAAAAUGGGGCUAGCUUAAUGUUCAAGUAGAUCAAAGAACUUAUGUUAGGAAGGUAAAUCAGGAAUUAGAGUUGGAAAAGUUCAAUAAUGCUCAUAAGUGUCACUUAAUCUUCCUGUACUUUAAUGAAGAAAAAAAACAUGUUACUUUCAACCUAUUCUUCGUCUUAAACAAUUGUAAUUUUAUCAACCCUUUGGUGAAAUAUAGUCUAACAACUUGCGCAUCAUGUUUCACAAUACGACGAGUUCUAUGGUCAUUAACGCCUGUAUUAUUAUUGUCCGUUAUGUUACGCAUUUUAUUCCCAAGAUUUCAGUACUCAUAGUUUGCCUAGACAAAGAAAUUGNGGGGGAGGGGGAGGUUAUUCCGGUGGGGGAGUAGUGGGAACUCAAACUAAAGGUACCGCUGGGGGAGGGGGAUCAUUUAAUGUCGGUACAGAUCAGCAGAACAUGGCGGGUGUUAAUAAAGGUGAUGGUAAAGUUAUAAUAACUUUGAGGCGUUAAUGUUAUUUACGUUCCUCAUCAGAGUUCUAACCCAAAGAAAAUGGGGCUAGCUUAAUGUUCAAGUAGAUCAAAGAACUUAUGUUAGGAAGGUAAAUCAGGAAUUAGAGUUGGAAAAGUUCAAUAAUGCUCAUAAGUGUCACUUAAUCUUCCUGUACUUUAAUGAAGAAAAAAAACAUGUUACUUUCAACCUAUUCUUCGUCUUAAACAAUUGUAAUUUUAUCAACCCUUUGGUGAAAUAUAGUCUAACAACUUGCGCAUCAUGUUUCACAAUACGACGAGUUCUAUGGUCAUUAACGCCUGUAUUAUUAUUGUCCGUUAUGUUACGCAUUUUAUUCCCAAGAUUUCAGUACUCAUAGUUUGCCUAGACAAAGAAAUUGGCGAUGGCUUCACAUUUCUCCUGUUUGCCAGAUAUAAGCUCUGGUUCCUCGUGUUCCAAGAUCCGCAAGAAGUAAGCCUACAGAAGCAGGAUUAAGAGGAGAUGGGAAAGCGAUAGUGGAAUUGUAACAAGAUCUUUGAGUUUCCAACGGGGGAACUGGGGGAACAUGUCCGGCUUCCCCUGGCUGUUUUGGGCGAGGUUGUGGCUACCAUGGUACUUGGAGGGGGAGGGGGCAGUUUUUCCGGUGGGGGAGCAGAACAUAGCGGGUGUUAAUAAACACGGUGGUAAAGUUACAAUAACUUUGAAACAUUAAACUUAAAAAAGACUCUUCCUCAGUAGCAAGGUAGUCUCUCGUUGAUGUAAAUAUACGUAGCCCUUUUUAGCAGCAUAUCCAUUGUAUCUCUAUGCACCAGUAGACUGUAUCUGCAAAACCGAAACAAAAACUGCUUUACGCUUCAUGUUCGUAGCUUUAGCAAGGCUUAAUUUAAAUAAACAAACCAAAAAUGCCAUUUGGGACUUAUUACCUAGAAGGCAUAGUUUUACCUCUCCCCCGCUAACGUUAAUCAAGGUGGUGCGAUUUCAAGUACAUUCAUGAAUCUCAUUUAAUCAGGUUUUGUAGAUCAGUUUUCAGCACAUGUAAUGACUAAAUGUAAAACAAAUCUCAGAGAAAUGAAUAAAAUAGUAAGUUUCUAAAGAGAGUCUGUGAGGCAUUUUCUGAACAUAAUGAAUCAUAAUAAUGGAAAUUUGUCGGCGGGAGAAGAUAAAACAGAUGGUAAAACCAGUGCUUCUAUACUCCUAGUAGUCUAUUACUGUGGAAUUGUAUGAUGAGUUUUUCGGUACAAAAUCAAAGUAAAUUUAUUUAUCUCAUCACAAUUCUUAUUAUCAAAAGAACCAGACGAAGCGAGGCGGUAAUGGUUAAAAAAAAGAUAAGAAUCCUGCAUGGUUAGAAUUCUAAAGCGUGGUAUCCCUAUCUGCUCCGAAGUCAAUAUUCCGCUAAACAAAGUUCUUUCGAAUACGGUCUUGUCAUACUUGUAACCCAAAUUAGUCCGUGUACAGCCGCCCCCUCCUCUAAAAACUUCCCGACAUUUUUUUAGCGAAGGCCGGGGUGUCUGUGCACAGGCUAAACACACUGAAAUAGGCUAGGCGCAAAUAACACUUAAAUAUUAUAAGAAAGGAAAGGUGAUACCUUUUAUCAGCACAUGUUUUAACCUAAACAAAAUUCUUUUGAAAAAUCUGCUGUGUCUGAGGCUCACAGAGAGGUUGAACUCCCCAAACCCGUUCUCUUGCCAGACACAACAAUAAAAUGUCUGUAGAGUUUUAAAUUGAAAUCAAAUCUGUUGAGAGAGGAUGUUGCCAAAGUUCAGUGGAGGUUUGGAGGAGAAUAGAGUGUCGAAAGAAAUUGACGCUGGCGUCAAAUUUUUUCCUGUGUGAAAGAUAUAAGCUCUAUUUCUCUCAUGACUGAAGAUUGUAGUCCUUGCAAAGGUGCGCGCUUUCUUGGGACAGACUUCCACAUGAAAGAUGCUCUUCGCUUAGGACCUGCGUAAAUUGCAGACUUUGUUACUUAUUAGGGUGUUCAGGACAGAAAAAUAAUUCUGUUUUACUAGACUGGUCUCCUUCAGGGUUAGAAUUUUAAUUUUCUAACCAGCAUUCCUGUUGCUUUCAUACGGGAGUCAUGCACCCUCGCGGGAAUUGUUUUGAUUCUAAUACAUCCUACAUUGUUUUUUAGUUUAGCGUGUUCGAUUUUCCAUUUCAGACAGGGAUGUGUCACUCGAAAAGAGGCCGAAAUGAAUCUAUAAAUCAAUCGAUUUGGAACCGUCAAAUGUUGUACACACUAGUCGAGGGGGAGGGGUAGAAAAAACAAUAGAAAUGCACCCCGCCCACCCCCAACCAGUUUCUAUUGUAAUUCUUAAUUUUUCUUUUGGCUUUGUUUAUUGCUUUGUUCACAGUUGCCGGGGAAAUUUGGAAAAUCUCCCAAUUAACUAAAGUUAAAAAAUUCUGACUCAAUAUAGCAAAGCUAACUGUUGACUCUCUUGUUUUGUUGUCGUCGUGGUUCUUUCUUUGUAAGGUGGGGUUUUCGGUACGAACAGAUUGAAUUGCACCAGUGAAAAUGUAAGUUACCCAUCCGAGAGAAUAAUACCAAAAAUAUCAAAACAGAUAUGUAACGUUCAUCGCCGGAGUAAAAAAAAUAAAAAAAUAAAAGAUCAAGUCAUUCCGAGAAUACGUGCCCUAAACUAGAGUCUACAAAUCAUUUCAUGACCCCAAAAAAUUCUUUCAAGAAAGGUUUCGUUCCUAAGCUUCGUGAAGGUUGUAAAGCACUCGUAACCAGAAAAAUCUAAGCGCAAAUACAGCACAACUAAAAUUUUGUACAAAAAUACAGGAUCUCAGUAAUUUUUAUCUACACUUGUUCUGCCCUGAAAAAAUUUUUUUUAAGGAAAAUGUUGUCUCUUAGCCUCAUAAACUUUUUGCAGCUCCAGCAGGUUAAAUAAAGCUUAUCUUUCUCCAUCACGGCAUAAACAAUGAAUGUCAGCUUGAUAUGUAAACAGAAAUCAAUCUGUUGAUAUUAGAAAAUGAGAAGGUUGCCGAGAGGGUCGAAAGAGAGCUCCAGAGUUAUUAUUUCUCAUUCAGGGCUGUUAGGAAGCACAAGUCCUUUGCUUCGUAUCAUCAGAAUCUGCGUAAACAAAUGAACCACCCCAAAUCGCAACUAAGGUAAGGUAAUCUACAUACUGUAUGUCUGUCUAAUGUGGGCAUCAUAGGUACAGCACCAAGUGAUAUAAUAAUAAGGCGACAUGUUAAAUAGAAGAUUGCAUGAUAUUGUUAAAUUUAAUUUCGAUCCAAUACAACGUCUUCAAAAGAGGGGGCUAUAUUGAUAACCUUCUUAUUUUUUAGCACAUUCAUCACUGUGACAUGGGUGGAAUGCAAGAAACAGCAUUUCCUGAGUCUUUCCUGGGUUUUAAGUCAUGCGCCAGUCAUGGGUAGCCGCAACUAUUCAUUCAUUAUGUUCACAUUGCUGAUCUCAGAGAAUAGAGCACGAACCCACUGAUCUGGUUUUUGGAAGGUCACAAGUUUGAAUUUUGUCAGGGACUUGAGAUUUUGUCCAGCGCUAUUGUCAAGAGUAAAAUUUUCCAUUUCCUUCAUUUAUUACCAAACUUUACGCUCUUGACAAUGCUGAUCCUAGUAGCAUACAGAACGCUUGUAACAUAUGAAAUGAGUUUGCUCUUCACGACUCUGGCUUCAGUCUCUCCGUAGCUCGCAAGAAUGUGCUGGGGAAAGAGAGCCAACCCGAUACUUGGGAAGAUAUAAGGUUCGAAUCCUGUUGGAGACUCCCAAGACUUUUUCUUUGUCCUUCACUCAUGACAUGACGAAAACUACAUGACUCCCACGGACUUUCUUCAAAAUGUUCACAGUAAAUUACCGUAAAAUUCCGAAAAUAAGCCCCGGGCUUAUAUUUUUCAAAGGCCCUUUUUGAGGGGCUUAUUUUUGGAGGGGCUUAUAUUCGGAGGGGCUUAUAAACGGAGGGAAGUUUGCGUUUCAAAAUCGGCUAGGCUUACACUUGGAGGGAAAUUUGCGUCUCAAAAUCGAUUGGGCUAGCUUAUAGUUGAAAGGAAAUUUAUGUCAGUAAUUUGCAAAAAGUUUUUACUGAAACUCGCCUUGAGGACGUAGACCUUUCUAAAACGUGGCCAUACAAGUACUUUGUCCAUAUGGACCGAGGAAAUCAAGGCCAAAAGUGAAGAGGAACCACGCAAACAGCAAUUAACUGUGACACUUUCUGACUACAAACACUUGGCAGACAUGAAAUAGUUCUUUGGCAAAUACAAAAAAUUAUAUGUUACUGUACCGUUUUUGCUUUGUUUUAUUUUGUAUUUGAGGGCACUUUCCAAGUACAAGCCCCCAGGGGCUUAUAUUCGGAGGGGCGUGUUAGAAAUUAUUGCGUCAUUGUGGCGGGAAAACUCGUCACGUGAUCUGAAAACUGAGCUUUGCACAAGAGUCUUAGAACUGUGUAGUCGUUCGGAGUCGUGGAGCUGAUCAAGUGUGUAGAUUGAGUGUAGAUCAUCGAAUUUUUACGCGAAUUGAUGUCGAUGAAUCCUUUAAGUGUAGACCAGAGUACAGAAUUCUAAAAUAUGAACAUGUGAAGAAAUAUGCUUUAAUGGAGUGAAGAAUAAAAGCUACGGAGAACUGAUUGUAUAUACUAGGGUAUCUAAAAGAUAGUAAUGCUGCGGCACAUUCUGUUGAUACUGGCAUUAGUUAGGCUGUGGGACUUAAAAGAAUCGAAAAUGACAUUGAAUGUCCUAUUUACAUGUUGGAAAGUACUAGAAUAAUUACUAUCAGUCUAUAGAAAGAACUCCAGGGGACGUUGUUUAGAAAAUGAUCAAGUGGUUAUCAACUCUGGUUUUCCCACAGUGAAUCGUAGGAAAUGAUAGAAAUUCAGAUUGUUUAUCCAUAUAUUUAAUAGAAAAGAUAGUACGGUGUACUAUCUUUUCGCUGGAAACACGAUACUUUUCUUGAUCUUUAUUGCACUUUAUUAGGUAACAGUUAUUUAGAUAUAUAUUUAUAGAAAACAACAACACAAAAAACGGACAAAAAAAGAAAGAAGGAAAAAAAAGAAUUUGAGAGGACUCGAACCCGGCACCAUCGGCUCAACGCGACUACACCUAACCACUACACCACAGAAAAUGACUACGUAAUUUCGGGAAAAGUCUUUUCUUUAAUGCCUUUUCCAUGAAACUUCCGCCGGCAAGAUGAUCGGCAGCCGCACUAAUCGAGCUAUAAACAGUGAAACAACAAUGUAAACGCAUAUUCUAUGGCAAUGAAUGAAUGAAUGAAAGAACAUAAUUAUGCUUUUCAAAACGCCGAUACACGUCCUCGUCUACAAAGUAGGACACAAAACAUAUGUUUUGUUAUCUCGAUUUCCGCUGUUAUUUUGAAGCGAAUGGUCAAAAUNAGCUCAAUGCGUCGGUUCUACCAAUGUGUAUUUUAUGCUAUGGCUAUUCCGAGUGAUUGCUUUAGCUGCGUGUCUGGGGUAAAAGUCAAUAAAUCCAAUUAAUUCCAAAACUGAAGGACUAUGGAUAGGGUCGCUAAAGGAUAAUACGAUAAAACCUUUUGGCAUCAAAUGGCCUGACGAAGCAAUAAGGCCUAAGGAGUCUUUUUCACAUCUCAUCAAAAUCUGCUGCUCGAAAACCAAUUCAAAGAGAAAAUAAUUAAUGAUAGAUUUAUUGUAAUCGAGGGGUCUUUCAAUUUAUGGUAAAUGCUAACGGUUUUCAAAUCACUCCCUUCUAAGUUUGUUUACACCUCCUACUCCAUGCCCUUUCUAAACUUUAUAAUAAAGGAAUUAAAUGAGUUUAUUUAAGACUCGCUUUUUAUGGAAUGGCAAAAAUAAGGUGACCAUAUUGUCUGCAAUUAACAGCCAUGAGGAAGGCAUCCUCGGAGACCCAGGGGCAGUUAGUCGGGUCGAUAAAAUGUUCGUGGUGAAAGUUUACUGUAGGAUCGAGACGAGCUCGUCUCGAUCUUACAGUAAACUUUCACCACGAAUAUUUUAUCGACCCGACUAACUGCCCCUUGGUCUUCGAGGAUGAAUUUGCAACAGCUUUGAUGUCUUCUACGAUAGCUCUAGAAUUGUUUCUUUGUUGUUUUGCCUUAAAUAGACGUUGUCACGGUUUUCGACGCCAUCUUGACGAGUAGGCAAACGUGUAAGAAAUUACAGAGUUUGUAUGAGAAUCUAAUGUCGAAUAAUUUCCGUAAAACGGCUGUUCUGAAAAAAAUAUCAAUUGUAAACUAAAGCUACAAAGCAAAAGAUUGUACUAAAAAAAAUUUUGGGGCGUACCUGUGCUUAAAUUUCUCCAGUGGCCUGCUUUAGAUUUUCCAUAUAGUUGUCUGUAAUCAUGCUGUAAUUUUCCCGGGACUUUCUUACCCCCAAAUGUAUAGAAAAUUUUAAAAAGUGGUUCUAGGUCUUCUAGCGCAUGUAACGCCCUCAAAUUUUUUCAGGAGAAUCCUUAGGAGUGAAGCUUUAGUUUGCAAAUCAUAUUUUUUUCAGAACAGCCGUUCUACGGAAAUUAUUCGACAUUAGAUUCUCAUACAAUCACUGUAAUUUCUCACGCGUUUGCCUACUCGUCAAGAUGACGUCGCAAACCGUGACAAGGUCUAUUCGAAAUCUAACUUACUUUUCGAAUAUCUUUUUUGACAGGGUAUACACGAUGGAAGUACUUUUCAUCUUGGUUUGCAUUACCCCUCCUGUUAGUCUUUUACUGAUAAGGGAAGACAUGCGCCGUUCAUCUACUGUAAGUACCAAGGAUAAUCACGUGCUCAGAGGAUACAGAAUUCACAAACAGCGGACUUAUGACCUCCUGUCAUGCGCACAAUUAUGUUUGGCACGGUCAAACUGCAUGUCUUUUAAUUAUGAAAACAUCGAAAAUGGAGAUUGUGAACUAAAUAAAGAAGCAACUGAUGCGAGUAUCCAGGGAGCUCUCACCACUCAAAGGGGGUAUACCUUUGGACAGUUUGUCAACGUAAGCGUGAGUAGUACUUAACGCUAUUAUUAAAUUCAACCCUCGUUUUGGGAUUUCUGUUUUAGACUCCCUCCAACCCCACCUCCCCCCUCCCCCCCAAAUAACUUAAAUUAAAUAAAUGAUCCCUUACGUAAAACACAUACACUGAUUGAAGAGGUUUUGCUUGUUUUCCGACUUUCCUGGGCACAGACCUGUCUGGUGGGGAUGAGCAAGAAUACAGCCUGCUGGCAAGCUAUGCUCCAUCUCGAUUAGUCCAACUCACUUACUUUGUCAAACGUAGGCAAACUCUCCUGGAGUUGAAUUCCUAAGAACAAUAUCCACGUUAAGAAGGGGAAAGAAAAUUUGGUCGCCGUUUGUUUAAUACGUCCUCCAUGAAACGUGAAAUUAGGCUCAUUUAACGUCGUAAUCGUGCGGUGGCGGCAAAGAUAUGUACAAAAAAGCAUGAUGCAUGUGCAGAGUUGUUGGUUUGCUUAUUAACCCUACUGCUUAACGGUCGUUGCCGUUCUCGUUGCCGUCACCGUCGUCAGAUCUUAAGUCUCCCAGGGAAGUAAUGUUCAGAAGAGAAAUAACACAAAAUUGAGCUGCAUUUCAUAUCCUUUUUAGGAGCCAGUAUUUUCAGCCGGAGGAAAACAUCAUGGUAAGAUAAGAGCAAUGCAAAUGUUAAUUUACUGAGUUUGCUUCAGGACUGAGAAGAUUUGACCACCAGCCGAGUUAUUUAAGUCAUAACAUUUUUUUUUCAGACCAGAAAUAUGUCUUUACGACACUGGGUGCCAGAGGAGAAACUGGACCGACUGAUAUAUCUGGAUAUGCAGGAACGUCACUGGAAGGAAAAGUUACUUUAAACAACGGAAUCCAAAUUUGGACCGUGCCCGUGACUGGAACUUAUGUUAUUGAAGCAACAGGUGGUUCUGGCGGAAAUGGUUCGGACGGAACACAAUCUUAUCCGCUUCUUUGGAAGCUUGGUGGCUUAGGAGCAAAGAUAAUAGGAUCCUUCAAACUUUCCCAAGGAAGUCAAGUCAAAAUCCUAGUCGGCCAAGAGGGUGGUGCAACUAUGCAAUUCACAGACAGACCAGGGGGAGGGGGUGGUGGAACGUUUGUAACCCUGUCUGAUGACACUCCACUUAUAAUUGCCGGUGGGGGAGGAGGUGGAGGGACAGCAAAAGACCAAUUUACAGACGGUGACCCAGGUCAGGCAACAGAAAAUGGUACCCAGUGUGGAGGAACAGGGGGCAGCGGGGGACAAGUCUGCAAUGCUGACACGGGGAACAGUGAUUCUAGUUUAAUGGCCGGAGGAGGAUCCGGAUUAAGAGGGGAUGGGAAAGGCGGUGGUAAAAUUGUAACAGGAUCGUUCAGUUUUACUAACGGGGGAACUGGGGGAACAUGUCCGACUUCGACUGGUGGUUUUGGCGGGGGCGGGGCUGCCAUGAUACUUGGAGGGGGAGGGGGUGGUUAUUCCGGUGGGGGAGUAGUGGGAACUAAAACUAAAGGUACCGCUGGAGGAGGGGGAUCAUAUAAUGACGGUACAGAUCAGCAGAACAUGGCGGGUGUAAAUAAAGGCGAUGGUGAAGUUAUAAUAACUUUAAGGCGUUAA